AUGGAGAAGAAGACGAAGGGCAACAUGCUAAAUUACAAGAAGAAAAAGGAGACCAUCAAGAAAAAGACUAGAGAGCUUUCAAUCCUCUGUGACAUUAAAGCUUGUGUCAUUCUUGUUGAUCCUAAUCGAGAAGUCGAUACAUGGCCUGAAAAUCCCACUGAUUUCAACCCCAUUAUUCAAUCCUACAAAGAAAAUCUCUUUCACGGCAAGAGAAAACGAAUUGAUGAUGAUGGGUGUUUCAACAAAAAGUCGAAAAAGAAUUAUUCUCUGUUUUGCGAUGAUGGUGAAGAUCAGUGGCUUAAUGACGUGUUUAGAGGGUCGAACGAAAGUUUGUUGGUGAAAUUGAAUUUGAAAUUAGAGGCAGUGGAGAGAAGAAUUGAAUUCUUGAAGAUGGUGAAUUAUGGGAAUGGGGUUUUUGAAGGAUCAACUUCAAGUGAGAAAGAAACAAUGGCGGCUCAACUUCAGUGGCUUUAG